GUGAAGGAAGGAGGCGGAGGGAGGAAUGCUGCAGGAUGCUCAUGGCUGUCAAACCCGGUGGCGUUUAGAAUAAGACAAAACCCGGCUUUUUCAUGUAAGAUCCGGGACCACCAUGCUCACCAUGUCCCCUGCAGCUGCCGCGGUGUGGCUGGGCGCCGUUUUUUGCGUUGUGCAUGGCUAUGAUACGAAAGGCAGCGCUUUGCAUGAGAGAAAUGUCCGCAUGGAGCAAUCCAUGGCCUUGAAGCAGAGAACAGCCUUGUACAAAGAUGUGGUCACCAUCCUGUCGAGGUCGCACGCCGACCGCAACGUCUACCCGUCUGCCGGAGUGCUGUUUGUCCACGUUUUGGAACGAGAGCACUUUAAAGGGGAGUUCCCCCCUUACCCGAAGUCAGGUGAUGCCAGCAACGACCCCAUCACUUUCAACACCAACCUGAUGGGCUUCCCGGACCGGCCGGGCUGGCUGCGCUACAUCCAGAGGACGUCGCACAGCGACGGCGUGCUGUACGGUUCCCCCACCUCGGAGCACGUCGGCAAAGCCACCGUCAUAGAGAUUACCGCCUAUAACCGACGCACUUUUGAGACGGCGCGGCACAACUUGGUCAUAAACAUCAUGGCCACGGAAGAGUUCCCCCUGCCUUACCAAGCCGAGUUUUACAUCAAAAACAUGAACGUGGAAGAGAUGCUGGCCAGCGAGGUGCUGGGAGACUUCCUGGGCGCGGUGAAGAACGUGUGGCAGCCCGAGCGGCUCAACGCCAUCAACAUCACCUCCGCGCUGGACCGCGGCGGCCGCGUGCCGCUGCCCAUCAACAACCUGAAGGAAGGUGUUUACGUGAUGGUGGGAGCCGAUGUUCCCUUCUCGUCGUGCCUGCGGGAGGUGGAGAGCCCACAUAACCAGCUGCGCUGCAGUCAGGAGAUGGAACCCGUCAUCAGCUGCGACAAGAAGUUCAGAGCUCAGUUUCACAUCGACUGGUGUAAAAUCUCUCUGGUGGACGUCAACAAAGUAGCCCCGGUUUACAUCCCCCGUCCCGACCCCGGCACGGGGAUCCUGCCCGAGUUCGGGGAGUACAACCCCCCGUCCGAGUCUCUGAAGAGCCGGGACUACUUCUCCGACUUCCUGGUCACCCUGGCCGUCCCCGCCGCCGUGGCACUCGUCCUCCUCUUCAUCCUCGGCUACACCAUGUGCUGCAGACGGGAAGGGGUGGAAAAAAGAAACAUGCAAACACCAGACAUCCAGCUAGUCCACCACAGCUCCAUCCAGAAGUCCACCAAGGAGCUGCGCAGCAUGUCUAAGAACCGAGAGAUCUCCUGGCCCCUCUCCACCCUGCCCGUCUUCAACCCCGUCAGCGGCGAGGUGGUGCCGCCGAUCCACCCCGACAACUACGAGACCACCAGCAUGCCCCUGAUGCAGACCCAGGCGAAUCUGCAAAACCAGAUUACGAUACCACAGCAACGGCCCUCAGGAGAUAAUUAUGUCAUGUCAACAUUUCGAAGGCUGGAGGUAAAUGGUAUUCCUGAGGAGAGAAAAGUGGCAGAAGCACUUAAUUUAUGACCAGAAGCAUCAGUGCCAGAGCGGACUUUUGUUUCCAUGUCACUGUCUGUUUUUUUUGUUUUUUUUUAACAUUUGUGCCAAACUGCAUGAUUGAAAAGUUUGAUUAUUUUUAUGCACUUACACCUUGAAGAGUAAAAAGACUGAGAACAGAGGAACUU